AUGCUCAGACGGUCCUUCGCUAGAUUAUCCAGAAGUUCUGUUGCAUCAGUAGCUCAAUCUCGCAUGCUGGUCGUGCCAACUAGAGCACUGCGACUACGCACAGAUUUAGCUUCUUCUCUUAUCUAUAAACAACAUCUCACAUCAACCCCGUUCUCCAUCGCAACAGCCCGCCGCAACUACUCUUCUGUCCCCACAGAGGCUGACGUUGACCAGAUCUCCUCUGACGACUUCCACCAUGUCGCCGAUGAGGCCCUCGAGACAAUUCUCACUACAUACGAAGACCUCUCCGAAUCCAUCCCGGAUCUUGACGUGGAGCUGGCCCAAGGUGUGCUUACCCUUUACCUGCCCACCGUUGGUUCCUAUGUCAUCAAUAAACAGCCGCCCAACAAGCAGAUCUGGUGGUCCAGCCCUAUCUCCGGACCCAAGCGUUUUGAUCUAGUUAAGGGUGUUUGGACUUCCCUGCGCGAUGGUACAACCCUCAGAAACGAUCUCGAAACAGAAACAAACGGAGUUACUGCUUCUAGGGAUCUGCCUCAUCUAUCAAUACAAGGUAUUCGGUCUUUUGACAAUACCCAGCGAGAGACGAUCCAGUUUGGUACUCCUCUCACUUUGAUUGUAGGCCAGAAUGGCUCCGGAAAAACAACAAUUAUUGAAUGUCUCAAGUAUAUUACCACAGGUGAUCUUCCUCCAAACAGUAAAGGAGGUGCAUUUAUUCAUGAUCCAAAGCUUGUAGGUGAAAGAGAAGUCCUGGCACAGGUUAAACUCGCUUUUACCAAUGUCAAUGGCGUCCAAAUGAUUGCCACUCGUUCAAUGCAACUUACUGUCAAGAAAACUACCCGCACUUUUAAAACUCUUGAGGGACAAUUGCUUGCCAUUAAUGACGAAAAGCGAGUAUCAAUGUCUACCCGAUGCACUGAUCUUGAUGCCCAGAUGCCUCUUUAUAUUGGUGUUUCUCGUGCCAUUUUAGAAAACGUCAUUUUUUGCCAUCAGGAAGAGUCUCUAUGGCCCCUAUCUGAACCCUCUGUGCUAAAGAAAAAGUUUGACGAAAUUUUCGAGUCUCAAAAAUUUACAAAAGCUUUAGACAAUAUCAAAUCACUCCGAAAAGAAUAUGCAGCCACAAUCAAAAUCGAGCAAAACUCUACCGAAUUUUAUAAACAAGACAAGGACCGUGCACGCGCUAUUGAGGACCGCGCAGUUAAAAUAUCAGAGGACAUUGACGGCCUCACCACACAGGUUAAUAAAAUAAAAAAUGACCACGAUACUAUUCUUGAAGAGAUCAAAAAGGUACUCGAUUCUAGUGCUGACCUUCAAGACUCCCUUCAGGAGCUUUCCAAACUCAGAAGUGAAAACAACCUUUACCUAAAAUCUAUUGAUCGUCUCAAAGCUUCCACUUCAACGGUUUUUGAAGGCACUGAUGAAGAACUUCAAAAACAAGUUCUUGAUUUUGACAAAAGACUAGACUCUCGUGCUAAGCGUGUGCAGACUGUCAAAGCCCAAAUUGCAAAAGAAAAAACUACUAUCGAAGGUAUUAACAAACAUUACCGCGAAACAAACCUUAAAGAGGGGCAACUGGAGGCUGCAUCUAAACGAUACCAUGGGUUACUUAGUGCACGUACCAAAAAAGUAUGCUCAUCAGCUUCUGUCUUUGAAUUACCAGAGGAAUCACUAAAUAAAACAACCGUAUUCACUCAUAGUGAGUUUGCAGAUAUCUUUGGCACUAUGCAUGAUGUUAGAGAAAGACACAAGCUUCAACUUGAAUCUGAAAAAACAAAAAAUGCAGUAGCCGAUAAUGAAUCAUCUAAGCGCAUUCAACAAGUCGUGUCCAAGAAACUCAAGCUUGAACAUAUUGCAACAGAUCUUGCAAAUGACAUUCGCAAAUGUACAGAAAAAAUUGCAAACCUUAAACGAACAGUUGAAUCCACAAUAGUUGAUGAGGCCACUAUAGCUUAUGAAAAGUCGCAACUUGUUGAUCUUGAAAAACAGUUGGCAAAAUCUGCAGACACUUUAGAACGUAUCCAAACUGAUAACAGCGUUCAACUUAAAGAAACCCGUUUGGCAGAGCUUUCAACAGACAUUGACAAACUUAAUGCUGAUUUAAAACUUGUGAAUGAAGAAUCCGAAAAUAGAGCAAAGAUUUUAUAUCUUCAAGAGGACUUGGCUAAGCGUGAAGCUGCACUCAGAGCUCUCAUUUCUGCUAAAAAGAGUGAUUUUGCUACUGUCAACCUUGACAUUGAAACAUUAACUACGCAACAGACUGAAUCAGGUCUUCGUGAUGCCAUUUCUGCAACCCAAAAAGUCUAUGACGAAGCUGUUCAUAAACAUGAUACUGCAAAGCGCGAACUUUCUCUUUGCGAAUCACGUCUUGACAUGAAUAAGAAAAAUAUAGAGAAAUUGAACAAAGAAAAGAAGGAACUUUUAGAGUCAAUCUACGACCAAAUCGAUUUUGAUUACAAGGAUUAUGACGAAAAAGUUUCUGAACUCGAGAUUCAGGAGCGUACAGUAACAUCUUCUAUUGGUGAAAAUAGCUUUUUGAAGAACCUCAAUGAAAGAGCCGUAGAAGUGGCUGAAAAACAGAAUCUUUGUCUCAUGUGUUGCCGCAAGUUCCAAACUUCUCAAGAAAAGGAUGGCUUUCUGUCCAUCAUGGAAAAAAAGGAUGAACACAUUAGCGAUAUCGAGGGGCUUAAAACCUCGUUGGAGCAAAUAACAGAAGCACUGAAGAUUGUUCGUGACUUAUCCCCAAGUAUUUCCCGUCUUAAGGCUUUAGAAAAUGGCCUUAUUCCUUAUGAUUUAAACGAACAACCUGCAUUACAAACCUCCGUUAAGGAAGCUCGAGCCAACGAUGACGCUACCAAAUCUGCAGUGGAAGCUGCUAAAACAAGACUCGAACACGUUGAAUCUUUACGUCGUGCUUCUUCCGACUUGGUUCGCAAUGGCGCUGAGCUGACCAGUAUCCGUGGAGAAAUUGAGACUGUGCAGGCACAGCUUCGUAUAGAUACCGGAGAACUGGGUAGCAGCUCGCAGAUUUUGGGACAAAUUAGCGUCAAGAAUGAAGAAUCUAAACGGAUAGAUAAGGAAUUACGUGCAUUACUUGAAGAGCGAGAUCAAGCACGCAUUUUGGCAAAUAAAAUGGAGAGUGCUAUUAAUAAAAAGAAACUGCGCAUUUCCGAUCUCCAAAAACAGUUAGACGAUCGUAAUGUUGCCGAAGCAGAAAUUAAAACUUUGGACAAAGAGCGUUUGGAGAUGAAUAGUCGUGUUGCCGAAAACAAACAAGAAAUUGAAGUUAUUGCAUUACAAGUUAAGGAACAGGAAACUCUUGCGACCGAUAUUAAGCUUAAAGGAGCGCAGAGAGAGCAGGAAAUUUCUGUCAAGUAUGCUCGCAUGCAUGACGUUUUGCGGGACUUGGAAAACAUAUGCAAAGAAAUUGAUGCUUAUGAAAAGAAUGGUGGCGAUGAGCCUCUCAAAACGUGCCGUGCACUUGUUGAGACCUUGCAAGAGCAACUCAAUGAUACCAAUGCGGACUUAGAUUCCCAGACUAAGGAGCUGACCAAAGCUGAAAUGGAACUUGCAGAUCUUAGCACACAUGACCGGAUGCUCAAGGAUAACGUGGAGAUUAGGCGGUUACAGCGGCGCGUUGAUAAGGGAAUUGUACGGAUUCAAGAGCUCGAAGGCAUGAACAUUGAGGCACAGUCUGAAAAACUUAAACAGCGUGAGAAUAUACUCAAUGAGGAAAAAACCAAACUAUUUGCUGAUGCUGAAGGUAAAAUGGGUGAGAUUAAACAGCUACAUGAGCAGCUGGAGGUUGCGCAAUUGGAAUUGGAUACAACAUAUAAGGAUAUUGGAGAAAAAUACAGGCGAUCGCUCAUCAAGAUGCACACUCUGUCAGUAGCCAGCGACGAUUUGGCCAAGUAUGCGAAAGCAUUAGACAGUGCCAUUAUGAAGUAUCAUUCGAUGAAGAUGGAAGAAAUUAACCGCAUUAUUGACGAGCUUUGGAAAAAAACGUACUCAGGAACAGAUGUUGACACGAUUUUGAUUCGGUCGGAAAAUGAGAGUGCGCGCGGAAAUAAUCGCACUUAUAACUACCGUGUAUGCAUGAUCAAACAAGAUGUGGAAUUAGAUAUGCGUGGCCGGUGCUCUGCAGGCCAAAAAGUGCUGGCGAGUAUCAUUAUCCGCCUGGCUUUGGCUGAGUGCUUUGGUGUCAACUGUGGGUUAAUUGCAUUAGACGAGCCAACUACCAACUUGGAUCAAGACAACAUUGAGUCGCUGGCAAAGGCUCUAGGGUCCAUUAUUGCAACACGCAAGGCGCAGAAAAACUUUCAACUUAUUGUUAUUACACACGACGAAAAAUUUUUGCUUCACAUGAAUGCAGCAGCCUACACAGACCAUUUUUACAGAGUGAGCAGAAAUGAUCGCCAGAGGUCCACCAUCGACUGGGUCCCGAUUACCAGAAUUUCCGAGUAA